AAUAGCACCAUGAGAUAACAGAAGACUAAAGAUUUCAUCUUAUACAUAUACACACCAUCUCCACUUUCAUUAGUUAACAAUUAAUCAUGGCUCAAUCUCUGUUAUUCAAAGUAAAAAAGUGUACCCCUGAAUUUGUCACUCCGUCAAAACCCACACCUCAUGAAAUCAAACUUCUCUCCGACAUUGAUGACCAAGAUGGGUUACGUUUGCAAAUUCCACUUAUACAGUUUUACAAGUAUGAUCCAAAUAUGGAAGGAAAAGACCCCGUUGAUGUUAUUAGAAAAGCACUUGCGAAAACGCUUGUGUUUUAUUAUCCAUUUGCAGGUAGGUUGAGAGAAGGUGUUGGUAGGAAACUUAUGGUUGAUUGUACUGGAGAAGGUGUUUUGUUCAUUGAAGCUGAUGCUGAUGUUAGUUUGAGAGAUUUUGGUGAUACUCUUCUUCCUACAUUUCCUUGCUUGGAUGAGCUUCUUUAUGAUGUUCCUGGUUCUUCGGACGUGCUUAACGUUCCAUUGCUGCUUAUUCAGGUAACACGGCUCAAGUGUGGUGGUUUCGUUUUUGCUAUUCGUUUGAACCAUACAAUGAGUGAUGCAUCUGGUAUAGUUCAAUUCAUGAACGCCUUAGGUGAAAUAUCUCGCGGGAGGAAUGAACCUUCAAUCUCCCCAGUGUGGUGCCGAGAGUUUCUAAACGCAAGAAACCCACCAAGAGUGACAUGUAUUCAUCCUGAAAUCGAACAGGAACAUGGAAACAACAAUGGAACCAUCAUAUCUUUAGACAACAUGGUCCAACGCACUUUCUUCUUUGGUCCGGUUGAGGUAUCCAAAAUUCACUCUCUCCUUUCUACCAACAUGGCAUACAAGUACACCAAAUUUGAAAUCAUCACAGCAUUUAUUUGGCGUUGUCGUAUAAUAGCGUUACAACCAGAUUUAAACGAAGAAGUUCGUAUGAUGAGCGUAGUCAAUGCACGCGGCACGUCGUUUAACCUACAACUACCAAAUGGUUACUAUGGUAAUGUUAUUGCGUAUACUGUUGCAGUGACAUUAGCAAGAAAAUUAAUUGAAAAUCCAUUGCUGUAUGCAUUAAAUUUAAUUAAGAAAUUAAAAGCUAAUGUCACCAAAGAGUAUAUGCAUUCAUUGAUAGAUUUAAUGGUUAUCAAGAAUCGACCUAGAUUUUCCAUGAGGGGAUUGUUUGUAGUGUCCAAUCUUAGACAUUCCGGAUUUGAAGAUGUUGAUUUUGGUUGGGGGAAAGCUGUUUAUGGUGGACCAGCUAACGAUAGUUCUUUUCCUGGCAUUGUUAGUUACUACUUACCAUUUAAAAAUGCUAAAGGAGAGAAAGGUUUGGUUAUACCAAUUCAUUUGCCAGCUCAAGCCAUGGAGAGGUUUGUUAAAGAGUUAGAUAGUGUGCUUAAGAAUAACAUUAACAAGGGUGAUCCAACAUCUCGUAUCAUUAAAUCGUUGUUAUAGUCUUUGAGUAAUGUUGGUUUGCUGUGUGAUUGGCUGCGGGGAUGUCUUUUCCUUCCUUGUUUCUGUUGUUGUUGGCUGAUUGUUGCAAAUCUUUCUCUUUAUUUUUUGUUUUGUUCGUUUUCUUUUAUUCGCCAGUUUGUUGUUUUUUUUUUUCUGGUAUGACACUUGUGACGGUUGAUUAGGGCAUUUUCCCUUUCAUUAUUAAUAUAUUAUUUGA